CCUCUCACCAAAGUCCCUCCCUCCCUCACAGAAAAAAAAAGAAAGUAGAGAGAUAUAUUCAGAUUUCUGUGAUCUACGAGUCCCAUUUUAUUUUUCUGUAUAUUGAAGCAAAAUUGAGGCGGCAAUAUAUACUCAUGUAAAUUAGUGAAUUGAGUUUUGGUUAGACAAGAGACGACGAGGGCCUACCAGCAAUAUCUUUCAAAAGUCACUGUUUGGAUCACUUCCUUAUUACGUUUGGGAAACUAUUGUUUUCAUUUCUUUCGGAGGAAUUCCCAUCUCAAUUAUGCAUUAUUCAUCGACAAUUCUCAUCUAAAAGAAAGUGAAGAGAAUUGGAGUGAAUUUUAUCGUGAAAUAAUCUACAAGUUCUUGAAGUUAGUUUUACAGAAGAUUUUGCCAGUCUGCUGCUAAUGCGCCUCCAAUUUUCGUUGGAGGCGGAUCUGUGCUACUAUAAAGAGAUUUGAAUACAGAAUUUUCGAUAUACGCAACAUCUUAAUUAGCAAAAUUCAGUUGAAUUCUGGUUUACAAAGAGAUUAAUCUGCGAAAUUCAGUUGAAUUCUGGUCUAAUUACUUGAUCUGGCGAACACACAAUUUAAGCUUUUGGAUGGAGCUGCCUCAGCCCAGACCUUUUGGAACAGAAGGGAGGAAGACGACGCAUGACUUUCUUUCACUGUAUUCACCUAUUCAACAAGAUCCAACACCUCCCCAAGAAGGUGGAUACCUAAAGACUCAUGACUUCUUGCAACCACUGGAGCAAGCAGAAAUGACAUCAAGGAAGGAAGACACCAAAGUUGAGGUAGUGGCUGUGGAGAGGCCGUCGCCACCGUUAGCUGCUACACCUUCAGGGGAGCAUACUCUUCCUGGUGGCAUAGGCACCUUCAGUAUUUCUUAUUUGCACCAGAGGGUACCAAAGCCAGAGGCAAGCUUGUUCUCAGUAGCACAGGCAAGUAGUACCGACAGAAAUGAUGAAAAUUCAAACUGCAGUUCAUACACAGGGAGUGGUUUCACACUGUGGGAUGAAUCUGCAGUCAAUAAGGGAAAGACAGGGAAGGAGAAUUCUGGGGGCGAUCGACACAUUCUACGAGAAGCAGGUGUGAACACUGGAGGAGUUCAUCCUACGACUUCAUUAGAAUGGCAGUCACAAUCAUCUUCAAAUCAUAAGCACAACACCGCAGCCUUAAGUUCGCUCUCAUCUGCUCAGCAAUCAUCGCCCCUUAAGAGCCAAAAUUUCUUACAUAUGAUAACAUCAGCAAAGAAUGCACAAGAUGACGAUGACGAUGAAGAUGAAGAUUGUGUGAUUAAAAAAGAACCGCAGUCGCACCCCAGAGGCAAUUUAUCUGUAAAGGUUGAUGGAAAAGGCAACGAUCAAAAGCCAAACACCCCGCGUUCAAAGCAUUCAGCAACAGAGCAACGGAGAAGAAGCAAGAUCAAUGACAGAUUUCAGAUGUUGAGGGGAAUCAUCCCUAACAGUGAUCAGAAAAGAGAUAAAGCAUCAUUCUUACUGGAGGUUAUUGAAUAUAUUCAUUUCCUACAAGGGAAAGUGCACAAGUAUGAGGAAUCAUACCAAGGCUGGGAUAAUGAACCUCUGAAGUUGCCAUUGAGCAAGUGCCAUAGGACAACUCAUGGUGUCAGCAAUCAUCCUCAAUGCACUAUCAAUGCAUCCGGUGCUGCAGUGCCAUAUGCCAGAAAGUUUGAUGAGAGCGUAAUGGCGAUUUCUUCUGCUAAUCCUAUCAAUGUGCAAAAGUUGGAACCAAACAUAAGCACCACAAGUUUAAAAGAAAAUGGUCAGCAACCUGGUUUAACAAAUAAGGCGACAGCACUUCCUAUGCACCCAAACACAUUUUCAUUUUGUGGGACUAAUAGCACCGCAGCACUACAUUCAUCAAAGCUGAUGGCUGAUACUGAUAAGUUGGAGUCAAAGUCUCAUUCUGAAUUUUCACUUAGCAGAUCACAUAUGACUGACUAUGCUAUUCCAAAUACUAAUCCAAAAGGGCAGGCGCUGUCUAUAGAAAGUGGUACCAUCAGCAUCUCUAGUGCCUAUUCUCAAGGGUUGUUGAACACCUUGACACAAGCGCUGCAGAAUUCUGGAGUAGAUUUAUCCCAAGCCAAUAUCUCUGUGCAAAUCGAUCUCGGAAAAAGAGCAAAUGGGAGAGUAAAUUCUUCAGCUUCCACUAUUAAGGGCGACGAUGUUUCAACAAGCAAUCAACCAACUCCACAAUCUAGAGUAACAACCACAAGGGAGGAGUCUGAUCAGGCCUUCAAAAGGCGGAAAACAAGCUAAUGCUAAUUUAAAACGCUAGCGUCCUUUUUUUCAUUCAUUAAAUUUUAUUGUUUUACUCUUUCCCUCCCCCUUCUAAACCAAUAUUGAUGUCCACACCCGGUACAGAAAUCUCCUAAAUGAGAGAUCACAAGCCACUGUAUAUGUAUUGUACUAGUAGUACUAUUUUUCUGCCCCUCAUUAUCCCCCUUGAAUUGUUGGGCUGCACAAAUUUACCUGACUAGAGUGUGAUAAUUUAUUAUUUGUAGUAAACUACUGUAUUAUUAUUUAGGCUUUCCAUGCUGAUGAUGAGAAGCUGCCUUUUUCAAGUAAAAGCUUCCAUUCAUUUUCAUGUGAAGGUUCACGAUCAUUGUUGUAGUCUAUUCUAUUGAAGACAUGAUGAAUUCCUAAAAGGAAAGAAAACUUGACAGUCA